CGAGAUCUGGGCGGCGGUAACCUUGGAGACGGGCGGGCGUCGCUCCCCGCGCCGCGCGCAGGGAGAGGGCGGGCUCGGGGUGUCGCGAUAGUCGGCGACAGCCCGCCUGGGAUGGCGGGGGUGGCGCUCUGCGAGCCCCGACACCUCUACAACAUCAUCAACCAGUGCCGGCGGUUCCCGCGGUUGGCGGAGCCCAACUACCUGUGCCUGCUGGAUGCCCGUACUCAGCGUGAAUUCGACGAGAGCCACAUUGUUACAGCCCGCAGGAUUGAACGGGGUCCUACAGGGGAGUAUCUGAUCCCGAAUGCGGAGGAGUUGGGCUAUGUCAGACACUGUGUGGUGUAUGACUUCAACACUAACUCUUUGAGCUACUGUGACUGUGAUGAAGAGCAGAAAGAAACAGGGAGCAGUGCUGCUUCAGAGACUGGAAACGUUGGCUCAGGUCCCGUGCAUUCCCCGAAUACUGAGGAAGGAGCUGCAUUCCUACACGCCAGAAACUUUCAGGAGUUCACCCGCCACCACGUGCUCGUCCUGAAGGGAGGCUACAGGCGUUUUUCAGCUUGUUUUCCUUUUCUGGGGACUCAGAAGACACUGUGGAUGCCUCAGGAGCUAGACAACUUCCAGCCAUACCCUGUAGAAAUACUGCCUUUAAAGUUAUAUAUGGGCAAUUUCAAGCAGGCCUGUGACCAAAAAAUUCAGAAAGAUCUGAGGAUCAAAGCAGUAGUCAACGUCUCUGAAGAGCCUGUAACACUGUUUGCAGAAGAUGGUGAAUCUCUCCAUAUAUCUGUUCCAGAUUCACUCGAAGCAGAUCUUUUUUCUUUCUUUCCCAUCAUUUCUCAUUUCAUAGAUGCUCAGAUGGAUGGUGGAGCAGUGCUGGUGUUCUCCAGCCUGGGGAUAAGCCGGAGCAGCACAGCCAUCUUGGCCUAUCUCAUGCAUUCCUGCCGGCUUUCCCUGAAGGGAGCUUGGGAUUACCUCCUGAAGUGCAACCCGAGCAUGAGACCCCACCGGGGCUUUGUGGAGCAGCUCUCGGCCUGGGAGAGCCAAAUCAAUGGGUCCAACAUCACAGACAUCUCUGAGCCAAAUUACUGACAGGGAACACUCUGCAGGGAAAGGCACUCCCUUCCACACCACCAA